AGUGAUUCAGAGAAUUAGCAAUUUAAGUUUUAUGGCGUGUCAAACAAAAUUAAUGAGGGCAAUGAUACGGAUUCUAUGGUGAAACUCAUUGCAUGAAUGAACCCACUUUACCCUGUGGGGUUUUUCAAUUUUGCUGCUUCUGCAAGCUUCCUUCUGUUAAAAAACUAUAAGUAUACAAACAGAGAUUUGGCUUGAACAGAGGAUCAUUGAUGAAUCAGAGCCAAGAAUAGUUUGACAGUGAAUUGAAGGGCAAUUGACAGAAAUUCAAGUGAGAAAUGGGUCGGAGAAAGAGCAGGAAUACCCAUGAUUUCUUCCUGUUGGAUGUGGCGGGAAUCGCAAGAGAAUCCGCAGCAAUUUUUGUGCAGAAUUUGUCUGUGUUGACAGCAAUUGCAGUGCUGUUGGUAUCCCCUGUUUCUGCUGCAAUUCUUGUCUGCCGCGCCCUCUUUUCCCAUACUUAUAUUGCCCACAAACUGGCACUACGAAUUCGUGACUCUGCUCAUGCAGCCGGAUUCCCCAAUUGGCGCCAUACCCAUCUGAUGUAUCACAAGCUUUCUGAGACAUUGAUUUCUUUCUGGUUCUGUUUUCCUGUUGUCAUCACUUUUUCACUGCUUGCAAGGGCAGCAGUAGCCCACACAGUGGCUUCUAUCUAUGCAGGGGGCAAUAGGCCUUCAUGGAAAAAGCUCAUUCAAGCAAUACCCAGGUUGUGGAAAGGCCUGGUGGUGACUUAUAUAUGGGCUGGUGUACUGGUAAUUGGAACACAUGCUGUGAUUUUGGUGUCAGUGUGUGCAUUUCUGAGAUUGGUGUGCAUUUUGGGCCUUGGUUCUAAAUGGGAAUUUGGGGUUGUUUUGGGAGGAGGGAUUGUUUAUUCCAUUGUUUUUGCCCAUGUCAUGAUUGUCUGCAAUUUGGCCACAAUUGUGUGUGUUAUGGAAGAGUGCAAUUAUGGGAUUCAUGCUGUGUUUAAGGCCCUGUUUUUGAUAGGAGGGAAGACCAGGAUUGCUCUGGUUAUGGCAGUGGUUGUAAACUUGAGUUGGGCAUUUGUGGAAAGGUUGUUUGUGUAUGGAGUGAUGCCAGGCGGUGGUGGAAACAUGAGAUGGGAAGCCCCUCUGCUGGUUUUGAUGUAUUCCAUGGUGGCUGUAAUGGACACUGUAAUGAACUCUGUGUUUUAUUACACCUGCAAGUCAUCUCGUCUGGAGGAUGUUUGCAUAUCUUCUCCCUACUUUCCAAAUUCAUGGCAGAAUAUCUUAUCUUGCGGUUCUGAGCAACAAGAUCUCAAGGACAAAAGAUCUGUUGAGACCUGUUUUGUUUAAUCUAUGAAAAGGAAAUCAGAAAGAUGAAGCUCUGAUUCAACUGGGACAACUGACCAGGUGGGGUCUGAACUUCUGGUGUGAUUGUGCAUCUGAAUUCAAGAUAGAGGGCUAAACUGAAGUGUCAUGAUAAGGCUCAACUGAAGACUCAGACAGACCUUACAUGUUAUACUGAUGUGACUUAUCAAAACAAAAAAAGUCAGACUGAUAAGUACUGAUUCAGUUGUUCCAAAAUAUCGUUCUUUGUAAAGGCCUUUAUGUAAACAGCGAGCACAAGCUGUGUAAAUGGUCACAAGAGAUGUGACCGUCUGCUAAACUAGCACAUAUUAGCUUGGUUUUGUCUUGGAGAAUGUGAUUUAUAGAGUCAAUUUUAUUUUUAAUUAAAUCUUUAAGUAUUUUUAUAAAUAUAUUUUUCUUUGUUUUAAA